GGCCUCGCCCGCCCGCAGCCUCCACUGCAGCCGGCCUCGAAGAUGUCCUUCUACCCCUGCAACGCCACCACCUCGGUGCAGAGUGGCAACUCCGCGACGGUGGGCGGGGUGCUCUUCGGCACCGGCCUCCUCGGCAACCUGCUGGCCCUGGGGCUGCUGGCGCGCUCGGGGCUCGGGUCCUGCCGGCCGCGCCCGCAGCGCUCGGUCUUCUAUGUGCUGGUGUGCGGCUUGACGGUCACGGACCUGCUGGGCAAGUGUCUGCUGAGCCCGGUGGUGCUGGCCGCCUACGCGCAAAACCGGAGCCUUCGGGGGCUGACGCCCGCGCAGGGCAAGCCGCUGUGCCAAGCCUUCGCCUUCGUCAUGUCCUUCUUUGGGCUCGCCUCAACCCUGCAGCUCCUAGCCAUGGCCCUGGAGUGCUGGCUGUCCCUGGGGCAUCCCUUCUUCUACCAGCGGCACAUCACUCUGCGCCGGGGUGCACUCGUGGCGCCGGUCGUGGGCGCCUUCAGCCUGGCUUUCUGCGCGCUCCCCUUCGCGGGCUUCGGGGACUUCGUGCAGUACUGUCCUGGCACCUGGUGCUUCAUCCAGAUGGUCUCGGGAGACGGCUCGCUGUCGGUGCAGGGCUACUCGGUGCUGUACUCCAGCCUCGUGGCGCUGCUGGUGCUCGCCAUCGUGCUGUGCAACCUGGGCGCCAUGCGCAACCUCUACACCAUGCACCAGCGCCUGCGGCGGAACACGCGCUGCUGCGGCCUCCGGGAGCGCGGGGGGGCCGGCGCCGGCCAGAGCGAGGCCAUCCCGCACCCCCUGGAGGAGCUGGACCACCUGCUGCUGCUUGCCCUCAUGACCGUGCUCUUCACCAUGUGCACCCUUCCUCUAAUUUAUCGCGCUUACUAUGGAGCAUUUAAAGCAUUCCAAGAAGAGCCAGAUGACCUCCUAGCCUUGCGUUUUCUCUCUGUGAUUUCAAUUGUGGACCCUUGGAUCUUUAUCAUUUUCAGAACGUCAGUGUUUCGGAUGUUUUUUCACAAGAUUUUCAUAAGACCUCUUCUGUAUAGAAACUGGAACAGCCACUUCUGCCAAACUAACACGGAAUCCAGUCUGUGACGGUGACAGAGGUACAUGCUGUCUGGUAAACUGAAGGAUACAUCACAUUUUCAAAUAAAGAACCAUGACUUUAAAACAAAUACAAAACUUUAUCUUCUAAAUCUUUAAAAGUUAUCUGCCAUAACAAAAGUAUCUAGGUAUAUCUUCAGAACUACUUGAUAUGUCUAAUGAAUGUGUUGGUAGUCUUAUUCAUGAACCAUUUUGGUUCGUCUUUUCAUUUCAUGUUAACAGCAAUUAAAAUUUUGUACAUUGUAAACAAUUUUUUAAAGUCUUAUAGCAAUGAUAUUAAUUGUCCCAGUGUUUGCACCUGGUGUCCCUAAGUUUUGAGAGAAGUCCUGAGACCUAAGGGUCUUAUUUAAAUGCAGUAGAAACACAACUGCUUACAAUAUGUGAUGAGUGUUGUCUGAAAAGCAUACUGGUGUCUUACUCGAUUCAUUUCCAGUGAAACUUGAUUUGUUUAUUUCAUGCCAUAACUGCCCCACAUGUUAUUUUCUGUGUCAGUUGGACUGAGUAUGGCCUGAAUUACAGCUCCUCUUCAGAGAAGUAAGAUGGGAUAUGUGACCAGGUCAAGCACAUAGAAGGCUUCUCCAGCCACCUUCUGGGAACACUGACUGCCUCAGGUGGAGACACAAAACUAUAAGUAGACAUGAAAUUAGGUAUGACUGUGUCCCCAACUUGGAGAAGCUAAAGCUAGCAUUGUUUGAAAUACAAUAUGGAGUCAGGAGUGUCAAUAGGAAUCAGUUUGUGAGAAUGGGUUGCAAAAUGUUCUUUCAGUGUUUGGAAAUUUCCAUUUGAUAGUUUUAUGGUGUUGAUAGAUUUGGGGGGAGAAUUUAUGGCUCUUGGAAGAGUAGUGAUGUGUGGCUCUGCCGAGAGCUGUCUACUGAGUCAAGCCCUGUGAAGCAGAUGUGUCCCAGUGAGAAGCCCACCCAGGACUUAGUGGGCCAGUUGAGAGUGGUGGCAAUGACCUGAACACUGCCCAUUAUAGCAAGAGGUAUUCUGCUCUUUACAGAGACAGCGAGAUGUUAUUGAGGCUCCUGUGAACUACGCUUUCAAACCUGGAGCAGGAUAUGAUUCAAAACAAGCACAACUGAGCAUUUUAAUUGCACUUGUAACAGUUUACAAAGAUAGCAACACUACAACCCUGAAGGAAAAGUGGGGGAAACUCUAACCCACCUUGCGGCAAGAGUUUUCAGUUUUGGUAAACGAACAGAGCAGGGGUGCUGGAGCAGUUUAGCAUCUCUGGAGUCCCUUUGUGCCCCAACACACUCCGACUCUGACAUGGAGACGGAGAGUUACAACACUGGAAAUCAUCUCCUGCCGAAGCAAAGACCUAUUCCAGCUUCACUGCAACCUCAUUCUUUUCACCUUGGUUUUUCCAAUAUCUCAGAGAUGGUAUUAACCAAGUAAUAUGUAUUUUUUUUGCAUAACAAAACUGUGAAAAGCAUAAUUAAGACGAUAAGAGGUAUAAUUUGUGAGCAUGACAUAAUGAAAAGUACCAUUGUUCUGGAAGUUUAACUUUCAUUGUUUGUUUCCUGUGUAAGUAUACAUGUUUUUCUUUUGUCAGUGGAAAUGCAUCUUUUUUGUGCUGCCCUUUUGAAAGAUGUGUUAUGGUGAUUGUCCAGGUAAUUUGAUAAGG